CAACCUCAUCGUCUAAAUUACGAAAAUGCCACCACGCACAGCACUACCAGUACCACUACCCUUCAAAACCCUAGCACCGACGAUCUCUCAUCGAUCCCAAGCCAUGGCAGCGGCGGCGAGCGGGUUUCCAACACCGAUGACGCCGCCGUACCCGGCGAUAUCGAAGGAUGUGGAGCUGAGGAGGGCGAUGACGGCGGCGGCGAGGUCAGGGGCGUACGAGCUCGGCGCCGGCGACGUCGUAUUCGAAGAUGAGUCGAUGGUGGUCGUGAACAAGCCCUCGGGGAUCUACUGCGAAACCCUUCUCAAAACUCUCUCCGAUAAGGCUCCUCCGCCCUCCGGAAAUGGAACAAGUGAAGACAAUGCACUUCAUCUUGCCAACAGGUUAGACAGAGACACAAGUGGUUUAAUGGUGAUAACCAAAUCAAACAAAGUAGCAGCAAAGUUAGUGAAAGCAUUCACUGAUCACAAAGUGAAGAAAUCAUAUAUUGCUCUCUGCAUUGGCCAUGCACCCAAGUGGAAGAAGCUAACCAUAAGCUCCGGCCAUGGCCGGUCCAAGUUCGGUGCAUGGCGCGUGUAUUCCAAGUCAGAUGUCGGUCGAACUCUUCCGGGUGGAUCGAUGGUGAAGGACAUGAUGACUUGCUUCGAAGUUUUAUCAAUCAAUGGGCAGAAGAACAACCCGGGUGAUGAUUUGGAUGUAACUGUCGAAAGUAAGGCAGAUGAAAGUGGUUUCGGCAAAGAUGAGAUAUUGAUAAGAGCUUGGCCGCAGAGCGGUAGAACUCAUCAGAUUCGGCUUCAUUGUCAGUAUCUUGGAAUUCCGAUCAGAGGAGAUGUUAAGUAUGGAGGUGUGAUUGAGUGGAAGGGCAUCGAGUUUGAUUUCCAUGCUCUUCAUGCUGAAAACUUGGCUUUUGAUCAUCCUGUUUCUGGUUUGCCUCUUUGUUUUCGUUCGCCUCUUCCUUUGUGGGCGAAGGAAUGAUGGCGAUGGAUUGAUAAUUUGUAUCGAUCAUGAUCAUUGAUGAUUACUGCAAAUGUGAUGAAAUGUUGAGAACUGUCUGAAAUUUUUCGAUAUAUAUUGUCUGAUUACAUAGAAUUUGGCUUGUAGAUUGUGAAACAGAA